AUUCAUGGCCUUGUCAGGCUUUAUAAAAGAAGUCAGCAUGACAUAGCAGCUAGGAAGACUUGAAGACUACUGACAGAAUGCACAUCAUGACAGUCAUGCAGCUGGGCGUAUGGGCUGUAUUGCUCUGCCCCUAUCUGCUUACCAUAAGCAUCCCACUAGACUGCAGGGAAGAGCAGGGUAGCCUCUCUCGCUGCCCCUCCAUAUCCCAAGAGAAACUUCUAGACCGAGUCAUCCAACAUGCUGAGCUCAUCUACCGUGUCUCAGAAGAAUCAUGCUCUUUAUUUGAGGAGAUGUUUGUCCCGUUCCCAUUGCAGCUCCAGAGGAACCAAGCUGGCUAUGCAUGCAUCACUAAAGCCUUACCCUUCCCCAGCUCCAAAAGUGAAAUCCAACAGAUAUCUGACAAAUGGUUGCUCCACUCUGUGCUGAUGCUGGUCCAGUCGUGGAUUGAGCCAUUGGUCUACCUGCAGACCUCACUGGAUCGCUACGAUGACGCUCCUGACAUGUUGCUCAACAAGACCAAAUGGGUGUCUGAGAAACUGAUCAGUCUGGAGCAAGGGGUGGUGGUCCUCAUCAAGAAGAUGUUGGAUGAGGGAAUGAUGACCACAAGUCACAAUGAGCAAGGCGUCUUCCAGUAUGAUGUGCAGCCAGAAAUGAUGGAAUCUGUUAUGAAAGACUAUACCUUACUCAACUGCUUCAAGAAAGACGCCCAUAAGAUGGAGACUUUCCUAAAGCUUCUCAAGUGUCGACAAACUGACAAAUACAACUGUGCAUAAAACAUAAAGUGGAGGCUUUAAAUAAUACAGUGUUUAGCUUUAAAUUAAUUCCUGAGGUUGGUAGCCACGCACUUAUAGAUAUGACUAUGCCUUAGGCGAUCUAGCCUUGCUUGCAGUGCAGUACAUUCUUUAUUGAUUGUUUUGGAACACCUUCACACAAAACUAAGUAGGUGUAAUGUUGUGCCCUUUCUUCAACACACUGCAUUUUAUAUUUCCCUGCUCAGUUGUUAUUUUAACCUGGCAAAGGCAACAGAGGGCAAACUCCCAAAAGAUUAUUUGCAUGUCGAGCUGUCAAAAAAAUCUGCAUAUCCUGCCAUUGAUUUCCAUUUCCUUUGUUCGUAACUGGAGUUUGUAUUCCUCGCUUGCUCUUGCAGUGUUUUGAUUAUUCCCACGGCCCCCAGAGUAUUCAGUGAGACUCCCUUUUUAAAUGGAGUUGGUUUCGCUUCUGCAUUAGUGAAAUGAAACACUUUCACGGGAGCCGGGAGUCAAUCAGAGAGCAAUCACUACUUUAAAAAAGAGACACAUUUUGAUUGGUGAGAGUGUGAGAGAGACCAAGAGAGAGAACAAAUAACAGCUAAAAUGAGAGGCAAGGCUUAUCUGGAAUUUUUGGUUAGACACAGGUCAUGAACAUUUCUGUCUAAAUACGCCUAAUUUAACCUGAAUGUAGUUAAAGAAGUUUAUUACUCACUUUAAAUGGUCAGGAGAUAUACAGUUUAAUACAGUUUGAAUUGUAUGAAUUGUAUGAUGUUAUGUAUAUGUAAUGCAGAAUGCAAACUAUACUUUUUUGUACUCUCGUGAAAAUAGAAGAAGCCCAAUGUACUGUGUCAACUCCUGUUUUAUUUAAGACGCUAAUAAAUCAAGUUGUAGAAAGAAAAGAGAAAAACAA